AUGUCCAUUGAAGAAGGCUAUGUUCCCAAAUUGUUAGACAGCAAGUCGCCUCAACAAGAGCUUGAGUCUACAAUCAACAAGAGCAAGGAGAGCAACGAAAACCCUCAGCCUGGGGAGGAAAUCAACAAGGAUACACCCGGCCGAGUUACGCUGCGUUCUGAUACCAAUGCCAAUUUGUCGAAAGACAAACUGCUCAAUCAGAUAUGCGAUGAAUUAGACAAUGCGACAGAAGAGCGUGUCCUAGUCUUUCAGACUGUCGACACUGAAACAGCUCAUAGUACUGCUACAGAGCUUGAUCGUCUUGCAGAGGGCAAAGGAUACAGGGUCGGUCGCAACUGCAUCACGAUCGAGAUUUGUGGCUUAGUGGUGGCCGGGGCUAUGUCAGUCAUUGUGAUCAAAUGGAGUGAAAAUCCGGCGAAGCAAGUCAAGAGCGACAUUGAGGUCUUUGAACUAGACCCUCUUGGAGAUGUGCGGUCCAUACAACAAGAGAUUAUUUUCCCAACUCCAGCUGCAAACAUUGCCAACGCCCAGAGGAUCGCAAUCUCAAGACGUCAGCUCUUUGGUCCCAAUCUUCCCGCUGGUCAAGGCCCGGCUCAACUCACUUAUCUCAGUAUCAAUGAUCUUCGUGUCAUUGCUGAUGAGUACUUGAGGUUUGAGGGUUACUCUCCAGCCCCAUGA